AUGUGUCUAGUUUUAGAAAAGGAUGAUAUAGAUUAUAGAUUAGGAGAUUUAAUAGUAAUGUGCAGUAUUAUAAUGAAAUUUCGCACGGCCUUUGAAGCCCCAUGUUCAAGAGUUUUCAAAAGGAGACGGCUGAUUGAGAACCCCAGUGACAUUGCCAGUAUGUAUUUGAGAUCUGAUUUUAUCCUUGAUCUCAUAGCAGCAUUACCACUCCCACAGUGCCAGCAAAUUAUUGACUACAUAUUCCUUUCAUUUUGUCAGUUGCCUAAGUUUGCUCCAGAUAUGGCUACUUCUCUACUAGAGGCUAUUUGCCAACACCUAAAAACAUUGUCCUGUAAAGAAGGCACAUACAUUGUGAAGCAAAUGCUCUUCAUUUUCAGUGGUGAAUUGGAACUUUCUUUCACACACACGGGAAAUUCCUGCUUGACUAUUCUAGGAUCAUCAGGUGAAUGUUGUGGCCAAGAAAUAGUAACAUGGGCUUCUCAAUCCACAACUUCAAUGGACAACCUUCCUUCUUCGACUUGGACUAUAAAGUGCCUCACAGAUGUUGAAGCAUUUGUGCUACAAGCUUAUGAUAUGAAGAUUCUUGCUACUCAAUUCGCGCACAAUCAAGAGUUUCAGCGUGCUUUCAAGCAGCAUUAUCCUUAA